AUGGCUUGGAAGUACGUCUGGAAAAGUGUUCGAGGUCACAAAUCCUAUACGAAUGAGCCGAUAGCUGAUGUUCCGGAUUGUAAUGUGCAAGAUACAGAGAUAGUACGUGUUUGUAAGUUUUUUACUGACACUUUUGGAUAGGAUCGUAUUGGUCUUUUAUUGUUUUAGGCAGUUCAAGCAGCUCGGCAAGCUUUGCUUUAUGGGCGAAUGAAACUACCUGCAAAACAACGGGGUGAAACUUUGAGAAGAUGGUUCGAGAUACUUAGAGAUCGAGAGGAUGAGUUGGCGAAGCUUUUGACUACUUUACCACUACUUUAACUGUUUCGGAUGUUGUUUGAAGGUCUCGACGCUUCAGAGGAACACCAAACAUGGGGCUGUUUUGGUGGUUGCAGGGUCUGUUUUGCUUUUGCCUGGUAGAGGCCAUCUCCACAUUUGGUUAUUUAAAGUGUGAAACUUUGGGUCUCCUUCAAAUGUGGAUUCUGAACAACGAAAGUUGAUCAACAGAGGAAUCCCAUUGACGUUUUCGUUGCCUCAGUCCAUGCCGCCAAUUUUAAUAAGUAAGGGUAUUCAAUAUCAUUGGCUAUAACGACUAAGGUUGAUGCAUGUGUGUUACCAUAUUGGAGGUUUUUUGAGAUAAGUUGGAUAUCUAGUAGAAUAAUAAGAUUGAUCGUGACUCACUACUUUCCCGACAGUCAGAUAUAUUUCAUCGAUGUGUAGUUUAGCCUUGUGGGUCCUCUGCAAUAUAAUAACUCCCGUUUCAGUCCCCUGCGGCCUUACGCCGUAUUCCUCAACCUGGUGCCGGAUACACCGCGCUACGAGUGGAGACGACGACAACAGCUGAGCUUCAGAUGUAUUAGCGAUAAGAAUGAAGUGGCUGAUGCGGAAUACCGAGAUUCAGAUGGCGGAACGGACUGUUCGUGGAAAAACUAUUAUUUUGUCUGCGAAUUCACAAAACCGGCUUUGUCCGUCCGACUGGUCGAUCAGGAAGGGUUUGGGCCGAGGGUAAGAACAACGUAGCGUAAAGAAGAUCAGCCCGAGUUGGGACGGUCAGAUGAAGAGGAAGCUUUCAACUCGGGCGUCUCUUUCGAUGGCUUUCCAAAAAACUUUUAUCCGGCAGACCUUGCUUUUCUAGCCUUAUCUCGACUUUGCCCCUGCAAGGGGCAGAGCAAAAAUCCCACAUUUUAAUGUAUGCGCCAUGAAGACUAUGCAAGCAAACCUCAGGCCAAACAUAAACGCUGAAUUCCGCAAAACUCAAGCCACCAUUCAUAGAUGACUUUAGGUACUAGUCAAACAACCAGUCACCGGAGAAAUUCCUCUGGUCGCUUGCCUCUCCCGAACCUUCUACUACGAGAACUGGCAAGUAAUGUUAACCGUUCUGGAGAUGUACAAAGCGAUGGGGGUCUCCGAACUCUCCAUUCAUAUUCUCAACAUCGUCAAAGAGGUCUUCAAUAUCCUAAAACAGUAUGAAGAUGAGAUCAAUUUGAAAAUCCACCCCGGAUUUUUGAUUCCAAAGAUCCGCGGGCGCUCUGAGAACCCGAAUUUCCAGACCGAGACGAUGAAUCAGAUAAUGUGCUACAACGACUGUCUCUACAAUUACCGAGAAGCCGCUGACUUUCUGAUCUUCACGGAUAUGGAUGACUUGAUAAUCCCCGAAAACGGAGACUUGUUGACGAAAGCGCGCCAAAUCCUACAACGAUUUCCGCUGGCGGCGUCGAUGGAAUUCGCGUGGACGACCUCCAAUUUCAAUGGAGGUAGGUGGAGGUUUUGAGCGGGGAGGUCAAAGAAAUAGCAGGAGUGCCGUGGAGGGAUUAAAGAAAAAGAGAAAAAAAUUUGCAAAUUCCGUAUAUCUGGAUAAUAUUGCAUCCAAGUACACAGGAAUAGUUUGGCCAUGUUUUGAGAUUACAUAUCAUUUUAUGAUACAUGACCUUACACUAUUUACCGUAGGUUGCCUAAGUUUGAGCCGUCAUGCACGGCAACCCAAAGUAGAACACAAAUGUAUUCCUUCCACUCUUGAAUUUGCUCAUGACUUUCCCGACAAACUGAUAGCUUCCUUAUAUAUGUAAAUUACAACGAAUAAUGUUUACUGCCAAAAUCCUGUAAGUCACAACUUGCACUGAAAAACUCUUUCAGUCGCGCAUCCCAAUCAGUUCUCCAUCCCCCGGCUUCUCAGUGGCGUUACCCAUCACGUCGAAGCGUAUGGAAAAUCAACUGUUAUUCGAAACGAAUGCUGA